CCGGCGACGCUCUGCCGCCCGUCCAGCUGUGCAGCGCUCCAGCAGCCGAGGGCCGAGCAACAGCAUGGGGCCGACCGACACUGAGAGCCGAAAUCUCUUUUGCGAGUUCAUCGAUGAGAGCAUGCUACUAUCCACAGACUUCUCCCUUCCAAUGUUGGCCGCUGAUCCGCCUGUCGAUGCAGCGUCAAAUGGCCGCGGGACUAACUGGCUGUCCCAGCAAUCGAUGCUGGAUACCCCAGCAGUUCAAAUCAUCAACAGCCCAGGGGAAACCAACCAAGCCAGCGGAGAAGACGACGACGAACUCACCGUAGUAUCCUCAAACAUCCCACAGUAUAACCCGACAUUUAUCGACCUGACACUCGACGACGACACCGACUCGAGCGAAACGGCAGCGACCCCGAUCGAUCCAGUGGCAUUGCCCAGAUCCCGGGAGGAUGUCCAAGAGGAGCCUCGGCUCUCUCGCAGCUCAAGUCACCGCGAUGACGAUCUUGAGAUAGUAUCCAUAAGGUUCUUCAGUAAGCCGAGCGAGCGUCAGCAACUGAGCAGCUUGAUGGCUGGGACAUCCAGCUUCACCCUUCAUCCGCACUCAAAUAUCAUGCAGUUUUCGGAUAUCCGAAAUCCACCAUUUUCUCUUGGUGUCCUAUCAGCGCCCCUCCCAAGCUCCAGCCAGCUCAGCUAUAAUCAAUGGCAGAUACCACCGCAGCCGUCACUCCAGAUUCCCAAACUGCCGCAUUCUCUAUCAACAACGGCACCCGUAAUUCGCACACCGUCACCGGAAAACCCGGCGGUAUUCAAGUGCUCAGUAUGUCUGGAGAAAGCUUCAGAGACGACCAAUCUCUGCAGCACGGUCUGCGGACAUAUUUUCUGCGAAGACUGCAUUCGCGGUGCAUCAAUGAGGCAGAAAUCAUGCCCGAUUUGCCGAAAGAAACUCGGCAAGAACGGAUACCAUCGCUUGUUCCUCUCAUAGCAAACCUGAACCAAGGAUCCUGAUAUUGGACAACUGUGCUAUACAUGAUGCCCUGGGUGUUCUGCUUUGACAAUGAUACGACGCUGGAAGGAAGCAGCCAAAGAUGCUCAUGAGCCACUUGACGAUUGGAAGUAAAAUAGACGCUACUACCGAUCACUCUCUAUAGCUUUGAGUUGC